GCAGGUCCGCUGAGCCGCUGACGGUGAUAUCGGACAGGUUAGUGGUGGAUAUUCACCAGAGGGGACCGACGCUCAGCGGGGCUGUCUUGGACAUCGGAUCUAUUCAUUAUAAAGACCAACAGAUUGUUUUUUUUUCCCUCCAUGAAAGCGUCGCUGUGAGAAGCGGGCCGGUUUUCCGAGAUGAUGCUCUCCCCGUGGGACCGCUGGUACUCCACAAGCUGCUGUCUGUGCUACCAUGUCCGCACAGGAACCAUCAUCCUGGGGGUCUGGUACAUGCUCAUCAAUGCCGUGGUGUUGCUCAUCCUGCUCACGGCGCUCAGUGAUCCCGAGCAGUACCACCUGACCAGCGCUGAGUUGGCUAAUGACCUGGACGUCAUGGAUGACGCCAAUAUGUGCAUUGCCUCAGCAAUCUCCCUGCUGAUGAUACUAAUAUGUGGGAUGGCAACUUACGGCGCAUACAAGCUGCAUGCCGCCUGGAUCAUCCCUUUUUUCUGCUACCAAAUAUUUGACUUUGCACUGAACACACUGGUUGCCGUCAGCAUUGUGGUUUACCCCAACACCAUACAGGAUUACUUGCAGCAGCUGCCAGAAAACUUCCCUUACAAAGAGGAGAUUGCCUCUCUCAGUAAUGUGUGCUUGGUCUUCAUCGUGCUGCUCUUCAUCAGCUGUAUUCUUGGCUUCAAGGCUUAUCUGAUAGCAUGUGUGUGGAACUGCUACAGAUAUGUGAGUGGACGAAGCACGGCUGAAAUUCUCCUCUAUGUUACGACCAAUGACACCACAGUGCUGCUGCCUCCGUAUGAUGACAGUGUGGCUGUCCUUCCCAAGCAGGCUCCUCCACCCUACACCACCGCCACAGCAUGAAAACAAUCAGGAUGCUAAUAAAUCCCCAGCAAAAUGUAUGCACCACACUGCCUCUCCAGCACACAGUAUAUUCAUGGAUAUAUUGGAAGCUGCACACAUGCAUUCACACAUUCACACACGUAUUUACUCACAUCCACACACACACCACCGCCGUGACCUCCCAUCCCUUCCUGUGUUAUUUAUCGAUCGACUCAUAUAGUAGUCUUCCUGUAACUGUUCCAUAGACCUACUCUGUUUCUGUUAUGCUACUGUUUUUAAAAUGCUGUUUCAGUGAAGUUUGUUGGUUUGCACUAAUCUCCUGUUUUAAUGAUGUAAUCCAGGAAAUUAAAUGCAUUUUUAUGCAUUUGGGUGAAAGGCAAUGGGAAAGCAUAUAGGAAAGUGGUGUGAUAGAUUAUAUAUAUAUAUAUAUUUUUAAUAUUGCUAUUUAAGCUCUGUGUGUACCUGUAAUAGUAUUUUGUGAGUCUUACCUAUAAUAGACAUACUUGCUUAUCCACAAAUGCAAAAAAAAAAGGUUAAAAAGACGAUCCUGUUGCUCACAAUAAGGAGUGAAGAGUGUCAGGUGUUUUCUAUUUGUUUUGUCUCUGCUCGUGAUCAGGGUUGGAUUGCCUUUAUAACUCUCUUUCUGAUGGGGUGCACCUUACCGAAUGAUGCGUCACCUUGACUGGAAGUAUUCCAAAGAAAUGCCUCUGCCUGAAUUCUGACAUGAUCCAAGAGCAACAUAUAUCGUACAUAUCACCUUCUUCUACUAAUUAAUUCAAAUUGUGGAAGUAAUCGUUUUGUGUUAUGAACUGCAGGAGUGUUGAGUUGUGUUGGACUGAAUUUUAAAGGUUGAUUUUCAUAACUUUUGAAUGUGAUUUUGUCUCUGUUUGUACUGACUGAGGAGAAAAGUCCUGGCCUGCUGUUUGUCUUCUUGACAGCACAGAAGUAGCACUGAUCUACCAUCAGUUUUGACUUUGCAGGCACUCUGAAUGAGUCACUCAAGUAGGCCAGACCAUCUCUACUCUGAGGAGCUUAAUAAAUGUGGACUCUGGUUGUGUUUUUUCAAUUAAGCCAAUGGGAGCUGGUCUGUGUAAACAAAGGAGUCUCUUCCACCAGAUGCAAUUAUUGGCAAGCUGCUCCCCGGACACAAAAUGUCCUCCAAGGACACAAAAUUCAAACAAGUCUGCCGCUGUAUGAAGAGGACAAAAAUGUGAUCUUUAUUUGUCUAUUAAAAUCAAAUUUAACCAACA